AUGGAAAACGUGGCAUCGGUUCAGCAACCGUUAGAUCUGAUUAGACUGACGCUUGAUGAGUAUGUUUAUAUCAAGUCCAAGGGAAAUCGCGAGAUUACUGGCAAAUUGCAUGCUUAUGAUGAACAUUGUAACAUAAUACUCGAGGAUGCUGUUGAAACUAUUACAGUAAUUACGGAAGACCCUGAGACUGGAACUGAAUCUACGAGCGUUAACACUAAAAAUAGUGAUGUUUUGUUCGUUAGAGGGGAUUCAAUCAUCCUAGUUUCGCCAAAAAAUCAGUAA